AGUCUUCAACCCCAUUUUUGAGAGAUCUUAUAAAUAACUGGUGUGAUAUCGUAUCUGUCAUCUGGCAGCACUGGCAUAUGUUGACAACAAAAUUCAAACUACAUAAUAUAAGCAAACCAACUUCGUCUCUCGGCUCUCGCUAAUCGCUUCACAUCCGUUGACCGUUAUUUUCGAUUACCUGAAUCUUCUACCUUUUAUUACCUGACGACCUUGCUUGCUCAACGGAUUUUGUACCUGCUUAAACAACUGACCACGGCUAUUCUCACUCGGACCGGACUCGCUCACAAAAAAUGGAUAAAAAAAAACAGAAGCCUUACUCGGAAUAUGAGAGGCAACUGCUUGUACAGUUGGUUCAUUCAAAGAUUGGCAUUCUAGAGAACAGGAAGACGGACGCCGUUUCCCAAAAAAAGAAACACGAGGCUUGGGAAGAAUUAGCAAUAGAAUUUAAUAACUCUAACGUGUCACAUACUGCUGAUUCUAAACAAUUAAAAAAGAUGUGGCAAAAUAUGAAGGCAAAAGCUAGGGAUGCCAAAACCCUUGAAGCCCAAAGGAAGAGGACAGGAGGAGGACCAGCACCGCCUGAAAUGGGGCCAAUGGACACUCAAGUGAUUGCAGUCAUGCCACAAAUAAUGCCAUCAAUAGAUGUGCCAAUAGACUGUGACACAUUAACUACAGUAGAAGCUGGUACUGGUUAUGACAACGACGGUGAAAGCUGGAGACCAAAGAGGGCAAGAGUGUCCAGUAUAGAGGCCACACUUGAAUCUGUAAUUCAGCCGGGAACAAGCCAGGACUGGACUGAUGAAGCUGGGUUAACGGAAACCAGUGUUGAGGUCACCACUAAAAGUGAACCCUCUCAGCUAUCAGCUACACCAUCAGCGAUCAGAAAAAAUAAAACUUCAUUUGAGGAUAUUAAAAAAAAAUUGCUGUGGCAAGAGUUAGACAACAACAAAAAAAAAUUUGAGAUAGAAGUGGAACACAUGAAACUAAAAAAUCAGUUAGAAAUCGAAUUUCUUCGACAUAAAUAUAAAUUAGAACUAGAAAUUUUACAGUUUAAAAAAGAAUCUGAAAAUAAAUGAUUAAAAUGAAACAA